AUGACUGAGAAGGAGGAACUUUUACAACGCGCAAAAUUGGCUGAACAGUCGGAAAGAUAUGAUGAUAUGGUGACUGCCAUGAAAACUUUAACAGAAAAGGGCGAUCAGCUUGGCAGUGACGAAAGGAAUCUUUUAUCAGUUGCUUAUAAAAAUGUCGUCGGUGCAAGGCGUUCUUCGUGGCGUGUUAUUUCUUCCAUUGAGAGAAAGGAAGAUAUCUCAGAAAAGAUGCUGCCCUUGGUGAAAGACUACCGUGAACAAAUCGAAAAGGAAUUGUCGACUAUAUGUAAUGAAGUGCUUGAGUUAAUUGAUCGUUAUCUUAUACCGACGGCCGGCGGUUAUGAAUCACAGGUGUUUUACUUAAAAAUGGAAGGUGAUUAUUACCGGUAUUUGGCUGAAGUUGCAAGUGCAAGUGAAAAAAAAGGAGUCGUUGAUAAGUCGCAUAAAGCGUAUCAGAAGGCAUUUGAUAUCGCUAAAGAACAUUUGGAAACUACGCAUCCAAUAAGACUUGGCUUAGCUCUGAAUUAUUCAGUUUUUUAUUAUGAAAUUUUAAAUCACACAGAAAAGGCUUGCGAGCUAGCAAAACAAGCCUUCGAGCUGGCGAUUUUUGAACUAGACAGUCUGGAUGAAGACUCAUACAAAGAUAGUACUUUGAUCAUGCAGCUGCUGCGAGACAACUUAGCGCUGUGGACUUCCGAAAAUGAUGAAGAAGAAGAGAUAGGUGAUGAAACAAUUGCAGGCCAUUAG